UCGAAGCGAGAGGUUGUUCCAAGCAGCGCCAAGAGCGGCGAACUUUCAUUAGCGUCGAAUUGCUAACACCCCCCUAUAGGCACUAUUUCCCAGCACCGCGUGUGAGGGAAGGCAGCGUUGUUUGGAUCGCUGUGUGUGGUCAAGUUUGGGAAAGACUGGUCGUAUUUUCGCGUCCAUUUCUGGCUUUUAACCUAUUUCAUAGCAUGAGCUACAGUCGAGGACCACCAGAAAUAGAGGGAAUGCAUUCCCUUAAAGUCGACAAUUUGACCUAUCGAACCACGCCAGAAGACUUGCGUCGUUGCUUUGAGAAAUAUGGCGACGUCGGCGAUGUCUACAUACCACGUGAUAGAUUUACAAGAGAAAGUCGUGGAUUUGCGUUUGUAAGAUAUUAUGACAAACGUGAUGCAGAGGAUGCUCUGGAUGCUAUGGAUGGAGCAACAUUAGACGGCAGAGAACUGAGAGUUCAAAUGGCACGCUAUGGCCGCCCAUCUGACCCACAUAGACCACCACCAAGACGAUAUUAUGGUGGUUACGGAGGCUAUGGUGGCGGCGGAGGUGGUGGUGGUGGCGGAGGGCGACGACGAGCUAGGUCUUAUUCAAGAUCAAGAUCACAUUCAAGAGGCAGAUACAGGUCCUACUCGAGGUCCAGAUCUAGAUCCCCACGUCGCAGACGUUCUCGCAGCAGAUCCAGAAGCAGAGACUACCGCCACAGUCGUUCUAGAUCCCCACGCAGAUCUCGAUCUGGUUCUAAAUCACCAAGAGGUUCAAUGCACAGUGGUUCUCGGUCACCACCUUCAAAGUCUGGCUCCAUACCAAAAUCUAUUUCAAGAUCGCGUUCAAGAUCUCCUUGACACUCCAACUAAUGACAUUGAUGUUAAUACUGCUGUAAAGUACUGUAGUGGAUAAGGCUUUGCAGUCUUCAACCAGAAAUCUAUAUAUAACCUUGACAAGUAGACCAAAUUUAUUAAAAGGUUAAGAUCACUUUAAAUAUUUUUUGUAAGGGUGAUAUUUUAGUGUUGCUUUAGAAUUGACUAGGAAAUUAUGUAGUUAAUCAGUACAAUCAUUCUGUACUUGUAUGUAGUGUUGAGAGUAUGUAACUUGUAUUUGCUUACAUUCAAAACCAAGUCAGACCACUUUCCCUUUCAGGAUUUUAGAACUGCCAGGACCCUUCAAUUUACUUUAACUUUAAAAAUAAGGUAGUCUUCCUUGUAUGUAACUGUGAUUUUCCUUUAUUGCCCAAAUGAAUUGUUUUUUUUUGUUUUUUUUUGCUUCUGCGGACCAGUCUUUUGUAUUGUUGAGCCAUAUAAUAAAGAUUUUAACAUUUUUAUUGUGAAAACUUGAGA